AUGGAGAACAGAACAGAAGUGACACAGUUCAUCCUCCUAGGACUAACCAAUGCCUCAGAACUACAAGUCCCUCUCUUUAUUAUGUUUGCUCUCAUCUACCUCAUAAAUGUUGUUGGAAACUUUGGGAUGAUCAUACUGAUUCUCUGGGACUCUCGCCUCCACAAUCCCAUGUACUUUUUCCUCAGUAACCUGUCUCUUGUAGACAUUUGCUACUCUUCAGCUGUCACUCCCAAGGUCAUGAGUGGGCUCCUUGUAGGAGACAAGGUCAUCUCUUACAAUGCAUGUGCUGCUCAAGCAUUCUUUUUUGGAGGCUUUGCCAGUGUGGAAAAUUUACUCUUAGCCUCAAUGGCUUAUGACCGCUAUGCGGCAGUGUGCAAACCCCUACAUUACACCACCACCAUGACUACUCAUGCGUGUGGAUGUCUGGCUAUAGGCUGCUAUGUCGGUGGUUUCCUAAAUGCCUCCAUUCACACUGGGGAAACAUUCAGUCUCUCUUUCUGUAUGUCCAAUGUGGUCCAUCACUUUUUCUGUGAUGUCCCAGCAGUCAUGGCUCUGUCUUGCUCUGAUAGACAUGUUAAUGAGCUGAUUCUUGUUUAUGUAGCCAGCAUCAAUAUCUUUUUUGCCCUCCUACUUAUUUUGAUAUCCUACCUAUUCAUAUUUAUUACCAUCCUAAAGAUGCGCUCAUCUGCAGGAUAUCAGAAGGCUCUGUCCACCUGUGCCUCCCACCUCACUGCAGUCCUCAUUUUCUAUGGGACUAUUAUCUUCAUGUACAUACGACCAAGCUCCAGUCACUCCAUGGACACAGACAAAAUUGUAGCUGUGUUUUAUACUAUGAUCAUCCCCAUGCUGAACCCUGUAGUCUAUAGCCUGAGGAACAAGGAAGUCAAGAGUGCACUCAAUAAGGUUGUUGACAAGGCAAAAUUGUCCCUAGGUUUGCAAGUUUAA